AUGAAAUUCCAAGUCAAUUGCUAUGUGGAGUCUUGUGAAAUCUGCCAAAGAAGCAAGGGCCAUGCACACAACUAUGCUCUCAACCUGCUUUCUGUCCCUGCAGGUCCCUGGGAAGACAUCUCAUAUGAUUUCAUUGUCAAGUUUCCCAAGUGUAAGGGAUAUGACAGCAUCCUGGUGGUUGUAGACCACUUCUCAAAGAUGAUGCACCUGGUUCCCUGCAAAGAAACUGCUACUGCUGAGGAUGUUGCUCAGAUGUUCUUGGAGCAUGUCUGGAAGCUACAUGGCACUCCAAAGCACACUGUGUCUGACAGAGGGACUACAUUCAACUCCAAGUUCCUCAAGGCACUCUACAAAUCUCUGCAAAUCAUUCCUACUUUCUCUACUGCUUACCACCCACAAUCUGAUGGACAAACUGAGAUCAAGAACCAAUGGCUAGAGGCUUACCUAUGUCCCUUCAUUAAUCAUAGACAGUCUAAUUGGGUUGAUUGGCUCCCACUGGCUGACUUUGCUCACAACAACACCAGAAGCAAAGCAAUGGGCAAAUUGCCCUUUGAGAUUGUGUAUGGAUGUUCUCCUGUCAUUUCACCACUACUGGAACCUACUGGAUUGCCUAUUGCUGAUGACAGAGCCAAGCAACUGGCUGAGACAAUUCAGGAAGUACAGGCAUCAAUCAAAUGGGCUCAGGAGCGCUACAAACAGGCAGACACAGGGAAACCACCUGAGUUUCAACCAGGAGACAAAGUUUGGCUUCUGGCUUCCAAUAUCAUGUUGCAGUGCCCCAAUAAAAAGCUAGACCACAAACAAUAUGGCCCUUUCCCUGUCAUAGAAAGAGUGGGCUCUCACGUCUAUUGCCUGGCUCUCCCUGAGACCAUGAGAAUCCAUGAUGUGUUCUAUGUCAGCUUAUUGUCUGCUUUCAAACAAGACACAGAGUUUGAUUGCACAUUCACCCCUCUGCCACCUGUAAUCACAGCAGAAGGAGAAGAAGAGUACAAAGUAAACAAAUUUGUAGAUUGGGCAGCAGAAGAUGGAAUCUGGAAGUACAGGAUGGGAUGGAAGGGAUAUGUGCCCCAUGAGGACACAUGGGAACCAGCCAAGGAUCUACAGCAUUGCAAGGACAAAUUGCGCGACUUCUUUGCCAAUUACCUGGAUGCUCCGGCGGACAACAACGCCAUCCCUGCAAAUGCGCGCAGAGUUAAAAGAGGGAAGAUAGUCAAGCAACUCAGCAAGUCAAAAACUGCCUGCUUUGUCACUUUACAAGCUCUCACUGCCAAAAUGUGCCCUGCUAAGCUCUUCUUGCGCUCUCCACUAUCCCAGCAUGCCCAUCUUCAGCUCCAUUGA